CCCCGUCCGCCGCGCCGCCCGCCCGCGGGGGACUGGUUCCGGCGGCGGGGCCGGGGCGAUGCUGCUCGGCGGCGGCACCGUGGAGGCGGACGGGGCGAUCCGGAGGUUGCUACGGGCCGGAGCGGCGGCCAGGUAUAAAGUGAUGAAGAACUGGGGUGUGAUCGGGGGGGUGGCUGCUGCCGUGGCGGCGGGGGUGUACGUGCUGUGGGGGCCCAUCACCGAGAGGAAACGGCGAAGGAAAGGGCUUGUACCUGGCCUUCUUAACUUAGGAAACACCUGUUUCAUGAACUCUUUGCUGCAAGGCUUAUCUUCCUGUCCCUCUUUCAUCAAGUGGCUGGAGGAAUUUACAGCCCAAUACAAGACAGAGCGGAACCAGUCCACCCAGCAUCAGUACCUGUCCGUCACUUUGCUGCACCUCCUGAAAGCUUUGUCCUGCCAAGAGGUAACAGAAGAUGACGUCCUGGAUGCCAGCUGCCUCUUAGAAGUUCUAAGACUCUACAGGUGGCAGAUCUCAUCGUUUGAAGAGCAGGAUGCCCAUGAGCUAUUUCAUGUCCUUACCUCUUCGUUAGAGGAUGAACGGGAUCGGCAACCACGUGUGACACAUUUGUUCGAUGUGCAUUCGCUGGAGCAGCCAGAAAUAACCCAAAAGCAAAUAAGCUGCAGAACAAGAGGGUCUCUUCCCCCUGUGUCAAAUCACUGGAAAUCUCAGCAUCCUUUUCACGGAAGGCUGACCAGCAACAUGGUUUGCAAACACUGUGAACAGCAGAGCCCUGUGAGGUACGACACCUUUGACAGUCUCUCACUGAGUAUUCCAGCAGCUGUGUGGGGUCGUCCUAUGACGCUGGAUCACUGUCUCCAUCAUUUCAUCUCCUCGGAAUCUGUCAAGGAUGUCGUGUGUGACAACUGCACUAAAAUUCAGGCAAGAGGGAUUCUGAACGGACAGAGCGUAGAAAACCAGAGAACAACAUUUGUUAAACAACUGAAGUUAGGAAAGCUCCCUCAGUGUUUGUGUAUCCAUCUGCAAAGACUGAGCUGGUCAAACCAAGGCACUCCUCUGAAACGUCACGAACACGUACAGUUCAACGAGUUCCUGAUCAUGGACAUCUACAAAUACCGCAUUCCUGUUCAUAAAUCAAGCCAGAAUGAGCUGAAUCAGAAAAACACUGAAGAGACAACACCUGGGACAAAGGAUGGGCUAGCAGUAAAACCUUCAGAUGCAGAACAGUCGUCUGGUACUAAACCGCUCUUUAUGAAUGGUGCCUGCUCCUCUUCGUUUUUAAUGUCCUCAGGAACUUUUCCACUUGCUGCGUUCCCUGAAUGCAGUUCCCCCCUGUACCUCUACCGCCUGAUGGCAGUUGUGGUUCAUCACGGAGACAUGCACUCUGGACACUUUGUCACCUACCGCCGCUCCCCACCUUCUCCCAAGAGCCCCCUCUCUGUCAGCAGCCAGUGGCUGUGGAUUUCCGACGACACCGUCCGCAAAGCCAGUUUGCAGGAAGUCCUUUCUUCCAGCGCUUACUUGCUUUUUUAUGAGCGUGUUCACUCCAGGGCACAGCACCAAAGCUUGGAGUUGAGGGCUGAAGAGUGAUCGAGAGAGCAGAAGGAAGACAAAAAACGGACAGAAUUCCUCUAACGAGAUCGACGUUGCACCUCCUGUUAUGCAAAUAACCCACCACAGGCCCUUUAAUUUUCCCUUCCCUCUGUGGCAAUGGCUGGCUCCUGCUGGGAGUUGUGUUUUGUACCAAAAUUACACUACCCAAAGCUGGUCUGCUGACGUCACGCAGUCCAAAGUGUAUCUGUGUUAGAGAAGCAGUUAAUUCUGUUAGGCAGUAAUUUUGUCAACAUCACAGCUCUGAAACAGACAUUUCAAACAGACCCCACGAGGCUGUGUUCCAUAUUCUGAGGCGUGUGUUAGUUUUCAAAGGGAGAUGCUGAAUCCUACACAUUUCACCGCCGAUGUUUCUGAACAGGGGGAGCCCUGGAAGCGGUUGAUGGGAAGCUACUGUUAUCAAAGGCAAUGAUUUAAGAAACAAAGUGCCUUGAGCUUAUUUGAAUAUCUACCUUACCAUUGUCUGAGUCCGCUGCAUGGGGAUUGCGUUCUGAUAAAUGUCUCAAGAUGCUGGGAUGAACUGCUAACGGAAUGGGAUUUCUCUUGAUACCCCAGUGAAUUUAAUAAAGUAAGGCAUCUCUACAUAACAUGCACCAUCCGAACAACAACUUCCCUCUUCACAUCAUUUUCCUAAUAUUUUGUUUCUUUAUACAUCACAGAAGGACUUCUGCUGAUUCAAAGAGAGGUUUCCUUUUUCCAGGAGAAAAGAUACUUUUUUUUUUUUUUUUAAAUCUAUUAGGGCCCCGAUUUAUUGCUCUGUAUAUUUGGAAUAUAGCUGAAAUCAAGGGACAGAAGUGUUUGCUAGCGAUCAGUAUUGUAAUUUCCUUUGUCACUAUGAAGCUGUUGAAUACAGUUGCUUGUAGUAUCGACUACAAUUUUUAA